AUGCCAGACUACGACCCCACACUUCCAGCCCCUGAAGAACCUGUUCUCUCGCCCGAGGUUGCUGUCCAAAGCGGCUAUACAGAAUCCAAAUGGAUAGCAGAGCGCCUCGUCCAAACGGCAGCCCAGUCGCUUUCCCUGAACGCUAGCGUGAUACGGGUCGGUUUGUUGACCGGUAGCGUGAAUGGCUCGUGGGAUACCAAUCAUUGGUUCCCUGCGUUGGUACAAUCUGCAGAGUAUCUUGGCUGUCUCCCUGAAGGACAGGAGAUCGUAUCGUGGAUACCUGUGGAUCUCGCCGCCGCUACCAUCGUUGAUAUGUGCGAUAUUGCAGCGGAUACGCUACACCUUGUCCACCCGCAGCCGGUCAGAUGGAACGCCAUCAUGGAGCCACUUGCGUCGAAACUCAAUGUCCCUCUGGUCCCGUACGUUGAAUGGCUUGCUCGCCUUGAGAGUCUGGCAGAAGAUGGAGAUGUGCAUGCCACGCAUGCGGGCAAAAACGACAAGGCAGCGCUACGUCUUCUAUAUGUCUACCGAAAGGCCUUGGCGACGCCGGAGCGACUGGAGGAAAGUAUGGGUUUGAUGCCACGGGUUGCCAUGGACAAAGCUGUACGUAUCUCGCGUAUUCUUCAGGAAGGGAGCACACAGCAGCUGGGACCGGAAGAUGUAGACAGGUGGCUCUCAUAUUGGCGUGUUACGGGAUUCAUGCGCAGCAGCUGA